GCGGAUAUCGCGAUUUACGGAACCGAUUUUUGUGCUAAAAUUUUGGUUCUCGUUUUUUUCACUCUUUUUUAAGGCAGCGUGAGGCAGACGUAGUUUUGUGGAAUUUCUUUUUAGAAACAGAUAUACAAAUAGAUACUUUUUGGAAAGAAGAAAAGCUAAUCUUGCUUUAUUUAAGAAAUUUAUGCAUAGUUAUUACACUUUUUUAUCGAUUAUUUUGCUUCUGAAUAUUUGGUUGGUGUUCUCACAUGAAUUUGUAGUAGAAGAAAUGUUGAGCCGGCUUUUUUUUUUAUUCAGACAUAUUUCUACAUGCAUUUUCUAUGGGCAUGCCAAAUUUCAACGAAAAAUAAUUGGUAGCAGAUAGUUUAAAAUGUAUUAUAUUACUUAUACCACUUAUUUUAGGUAGCCUUAGGUAAACGUUUUUUUUUGUGUUUGUUUUAAGAAACAUGCAUAAACAUAAAUUAUUUUCAUAAAGAAGAAAGGUAGAUCUAGAUUUUUAUAUGACUUUUAUGCAUGGUUACCCAACAUUUUUAUGUAUUAUUUUGCUGACAAUAUUGCAUGAAAAUAUUGUCCCUGUUCUCACAUUAAUUUAAUGUCGAAGGAAUGUUGAGCCGGCUUUUUUUGUUAGUUUUUCUAUAUUUUACAUACAUUUUCUAAGCACCUGCCAAAAAUCAACGAAAAAUAAUUGGUAGCAGAUAGUAUACUAGGUGUUAGACUUUUGGUACAUAAUUUUGGUUUUUCUGUUGUUUUUUUUCGUUAAGCUUGUUACGGGUGUGGAUAGGGGGGCCGACUAUACAAAAACAUAACAAAUCCCAAUAUCGUAUUAUUUUGAAUUUUAUUUUUAGAUUAAAAAAAAAAAUGAAUACUAACACUGUUAGUAACAGAGAUGUUGUUAGAUCUAUAACAGAUAAUCCUUCUGCACAUUAUGAAGCUUUUUUGAGAUAUCUUCAAUCUACCCAGCCUACCACAGCUCUAGUUCCAUCCUCAAUUGCAUUGAGUGUUCCAUCUACAUCUGGAAUAAUUGUUACAUCUUCAGCUGCUACAAGUGGUACGUUUAUAAACUAUUAUUUUCUAAUAUGUGUAUGCAUAAUUUACAUGUGUAAAAGUAUUUUUUCUAAUAUGUGCAUGCAUAUCUUAUCGAUAGCAAGUAAAUUGUAUUUUUAUUUUUAAAAAAUUUUACCUUUGGUCCCACAACCUCCACAACAAUCAACACAACCUUCUGCUGGUAAAUUUAUGAUUUAGAAAUGUUGCUGAAUGAUUAUUUAAUUCAUUAUAUUUUUAUUUAUAUUCACAAAUUAGUACAUUUAUAUUAUGUUAUCCUUCAAAGUGUAGUAGAAGUAAAAACCCAGAGCAGUAUUUGAUUUUUUACUUUUGCAAUUAUUAACAUUUGAUUUAUUUAUUUUAAGUCUUUCACAAAAUGGUUUAAAAGCAAAGCAUUGACAGAUGUAGUAGUUUGCAAGGGACCUGUUUUGUAUGUUUUCAAUGUAAUUAAAAGUUUUAGGAUUUUUUGAGGUUUUGAAAUUUUGAGGUUUUCUCAUAGCCUAUAUUAAAUGCAGUUUCAAAUUUAUAUGUAAUGUUUUAUUGAGUUGAUAAAUGUUAAAUAUCUUUUCCAUA